AUGGAGGAAGCUUGUUCGGGUAACGAACAGACUGAUCCGGACGAAAACUGUGACCCCAAGAAAGCCCUUCACUUUGUCCCCUUCCCCACCUCAAACCUCCCCUUGUUCCACAUCAAUUCUUCAUGUAACUCCCCAUCUGCCAUUACUGAACAUCCAUCAUCAUCAUCGAGCAGCAAUGUGCCUGUAACAGGCCUAAACGGAUUACUGUAUGGGUUAUUACAAGACACUCCCAGUGAAAAUGUCGCGUAUGAUUUCUACCAGAAAGCAAAAGAGAACCCAGGGUUCGUACCAGAGAAACAAAUGUUGAAGCUUCUGAUAAGGUACUUUGUCCAGUCCAAGAAAUGGGAUUUGAUCAUGUUUCUAUCGCAUGAUUUCAAGCGUUACAAUGUCUUCCCCGAUGGUUACACUUGUUCUAGGUUGAUUAAUACUUGUGUUAAAGCUAGAAAAUUCAAGGUCGUCGAGGCUUUGCUUGAAGCGUUUAGAUCAGACAAAGAACUCGCCGUCGUUGCGUUUAAUUCAGCAAUGGUCGGGUACAAUAAGUUGCAUAUGUUUCGAAGCACGAUAUCCAUGUUCGAAACGAUUAAAUCGAAUCGAAUUAGUAUGGAUUCCGAGUCUUAUUGCCUGAUUAUGGAAGCUUAUCAGCAAAUUGGUGAUAUAGAUAAAGUUUGUUCCUUGUUUGAUGAAUUCGAAACUAGGAAGUUGAUGUUAUGA